GAGCUCACAGCUUCAGUGGACAGCUCCGUGGUGCUGAAACCUCACACACUCUACUCUCUGACCCGCGCUGCACGACUGGAAACAUGGAGGGAUCCUCGCAGAAACUUUUUCUACUUUCUUGCCUGGUUGUUGUGGGGAGCUCUGCGCAAGACUUCGGACAGACGCAGUUUAUUUGCACGUCGGUGCCGAAGGAUAUGGACCUGUGCACGGCCACGAUGCAGAACAGCGGGCCGGCGGAGAACCUGAAGACCACGGUGAUGCAGCUGCGAGAGACCGUGCUGCAGCAAAAGGAAACAAUAAUGAACCAAAAGGAGACAAUCAGGGAACUUACGUCUAAGUUGAGCCGCUGCGAGAGCCAGAGCCUCCCGGCGACGGGACCCGGGGGGAGACGGCCGGGGUCAAAGAACACGAUGGGGGAUGUAUCCCGGGGCACAACAGACACUCUGGCCCAGCUGGGUCAGACUUUACAGACCCUGAAACAGAGACUGGAGAAUCUAGAGCAGUACAGCCGAGGAAACAACACCGUGCAGGCGAACAGCCUGAAAGACCUGCUGCAGAACAAGAUAGACGACAUGGAGAAGCAGGUCCUAUCCCGGGUUAACACGUUAGAGGAGACCAAACCGGGCGCAAGGAACGACACCGACCAGCGGAACAGAGUGGAGUCCACGCUCACCUCUCUGCACCACCGCAUCACAGACCUGGAGAAAGGUAAGGAAACCAGGCCGACAGACAAAUUCCAGCUCACCUUCCCCCUGAGAACCAACUACAUGUACGCCAAAGCCAAGAGGAGCCUCCCUGAGAUGUACUCCUUCAGCGUGUGUCUGUGGAUCAAGUCCAACGCCUCUCCUGGGGUGGGGACGCCCUUCUCCUAUGCUGUCCCAGGUCAGGCCAACGAGCUGGUGCUGAUCGAGUGGGGCAACAACCCCAUGGAGAUUCUCAUCAAUGACAAGGUGGCAAAGCUGCCGUUCCUCAUCAAUGACGGGAAAUGGCAUCACUUAUGCAUCACAUGGACCACCCGUGACGGGAUGUGGGAAGCCUUCCAGGACGGAGUGAUGCGGGGCAGCGGGGAGAAUCUGGCACCCUACCACCCCAUCAAACCAGACGGAGUGCUGGUCCUGGGACAAGAGCAGGACACGUUGGGAGGAGGCUUCGAUGCGACACAAGCUUAUGUUGGAGAGUUAGCAAACUUAAAUAUCUGGAGUAAGAAACUCUCUAUUGCAGAGAUCUACAACUUGGCGACCUGCAACAGCAAAGCACCGGCUGGCAACGUCUUCUCCUGGACGGAGAGCAACAUUGAAAUAUUUGGUGGAGCGACCAAAUGGACAUUUGAGCCCUGCCGUUCCCACAACUGAACUGCAUAAAAGAGAGGCCUCUCUGUAUUUCUGAGCUUUCGUCGUUCUCGUCUUCAUUUGACGUUCGUUAGAGACUAUUUGAGUUAUUGGUAAGCUUCAAUCUGGGGAUUUCUAUCAUUCUUAGGUAUUUCUGUGCAAAACAACACUUUCCAUCUUGAGGAGAAAAAAAAAAUUGUCUUGGAAAACCUCAGUGAGAAAGUAUUGGUAUCCGGUUCUCCUUCUAUUUUUUUCUUGGAUGUUCAGUUGAAAGCACACCAAAGCUUUCGUUUGGCUUUCCUCGUCUUGGACUGGCAACUGGCAAUCUGCGCCUUAUGUUCGGACAAUUCACAAUCCAAGGGAGGAAUUACAUAACCAUUCCCACCCCCCCUUCCCCCUCCGGAGUGGGAGAUUAUGCUGUCCAUCCAAUUCUUGUCGGUGUUUGGCUCUGUGAAAUGAUGUCUGACGUGGUACAGCUCCCUGCCACCACCCUCCUGCCUCCCCCCAACACACACACAAACACACACACACACACACACACACACACUGCCCCCCCCCCCCCCCCCCCUCCCACCCCUCCGGAACUUGCACUGUGACUGACAAAGAGAUCGCCAGGAGAGGAGGGUACGUUGAAGGACACUGCAAAGUCAGACUGUGGUACAAGUCAAUUUGUAAUCGUCGUUUGCUUCAAGUGUUUUCUGUAAGAAUGUCGUUAACUUGCCAACAUUGCUACAAAGCCUGGGUGCCUUGGGCUGGUACAAACAUUCAGCACAUUCAGUAUGUUAUAAGUUGCAAUUUCAAUGUUUCUUGGGUUUCUUGUUUUCUUUCCUGAGCUGGGUUGAGUUUCUUGUUUCUCUGGUAAAUGUACUUUAAUUCCAGUUUGUUAUCUGACAUGAUGUGUUUUGGCAGGUGUUUGUACUACUCUGUAUUAGGAAUGUUACAGUAUUUGUAUAGUAACAGCAUGAAUGACAGAGUGCUGUGGAAGCAUUGUUGAAAUCUGCUUUAAUAUCUUCUCUGGGUCCGGGUUUUUUACUGUAUUGUUAUAUGCUCCAAGCAUGGCAAAACUGAGAGAUGAAGAAUUUAAUUUUUGUAAUAAAAUUGUGAUACUUAAUGUCA